ACAUUUCCACUGAGAAGAGAUAAAUGUGUGUUUAUUGCUUAUACAGACCACUCUCCCACCUGUGAUCACAGCUCAGCCAUGACACAUCUGACUAUGUACCCACCUGUCCCCUUACCUCAUGGCCCACUGACUCCUGGUACAUGCCAGUUAAUCAUUUACUCCUUGACGGGCUUUGUUAUGUCAGUGGAUCAAUAAUGGGCAUAUGCACACACACACAAACAUUCACACGGACAGUCAGGUAUAAAUCACAGGACACGCAGCUCCAUAUGUUGAAGGAACAGGGACAGGUUUAGAUCAGCCAGUGAGACAUGAUCGGCACUGAAUGGAAAGGCAUCCGCAUGGAUUUAUUUGGAGUGGCUGGUGGCUCGCGUCUUGCCUCAUCAUGAUUUCCACAGCAGGAACUAACACCUCAGAUAACCACACCCUGACUAAUCCUCCUGCUUUAUUUCAUAGCACCGCUGCCAAAGUCUCUGUGCUGUGCCUGCUCCUACCCAUCCCCGUCCUGGCCAUCAUGGGAAAUCUCCUCAUCAUGGCCGCGGUGGCACGUUUCCAGAGCCUCCGGACACUCGCCAAUGCUUUCAUGGUUUCCCUGGCAGUGGCAGACCUCCUGGUUGCCACGCUGGUGAUGCCUUUCAGUCUGGUGCGUUCCAUCGACAGAUGGCGCUUCGGGCGCUGCUUCUGCCGAGUCCACUUCCUGCUCGAUGUCACCUUCUGUACGUCCUCCAUUUUUAAUCUCAGCUGCGUGGCACUGGACCGAUACAUAGCAGUGUGCGACCCGCUGCACUAUCCUGCCCGGAUGUCUCCCAGACGUGUGACCAUGCUGCUGCUGCUCUGCUGGAUUCUGCCUCUGGUCUUCUCCUCUCUCUGUGUCUCCCUCGGCAUGAACACUCAGUUUCUUCCUCAGAGCUGUCCAGCCAUGUUUCAAGCUCCUUACGCCUUUGCAACCUCAGCCAUCUCCUUCUUCAUUCCCGUGUGUUUCAUGCUGUUUGCCUAUGGGAAAAUCUUCAAGGCUGCCCGGAGACAAGCGAGGUGGAUCCACGCAAUCGAUCAGCAGAUGAACCAGAGUUCGAUGAGGACUGACACCAGCAGACGAGUCCAGACUCGUGUUGAAAGCCAUUCCCUGAAGAAGGAACAAAAGGCAGUGAAGACACUGGGUCUGAUCAUUGGGGUCUUCCUGCUCUGCUGGCUUCCUUUCUUUUGCCUGAACAUGGCUCGUCCUCUGAAGGGCUACAGCAUCAGCCCCCUGGUCCUGGAGGCCUCCAUGUGGCUUGGAUAUGCUAACUCCUCUCUGAACCCUUUCCUCUACACCUUGUUCAACAAGAACUACCGUCACACAUUUGCAGCCAUGUUAGACUGUGGACCUUUGGGGAGGCAGAUAAGAGCAGGUUUGGAUUCAUCACCAUUCAGUAGACAAGCACAUACUGUUGUUACCUUGGAGACCAUUUCAAGAUGAUCAUAGGCAUUAGCUUGAUAAUGUUUGCCAAUUCCUCGUGGGCAGGGAGGGGGUUUUUUGUUCCAUUUCGCCUUAAACAAUCACUGAAGAGAGGUGGACUAAUGAUAGUUAUAAACCAGUGUAGCAGAAGCUGAAACAUGGUGACUUUUAGUGUGAUCCUUUGUUUCCCCAAUGCAGUGUUUUUCGUUACUGAAAACUUUGAAGAAAUAAAACAUCCAGCAAUCUAUAUAGGGUUGCGCUAAAGAUAGAUCUUUGACAGUCAAAGCAAUCAUAAAAUGUUUUGUCUGCACUGACGAGAUGAGACGGGAAUAAAAUGCCAGUCAUCGGACAUUCGAAAGAUGGACAUACCCCCCAAUUGUGCGUCAAGUCAGUCUGUCAAAAUCUAAACAAUGCAUCCCUCUCACUGGCGUGUUGUGCACAGACUACCACACUCCCUCGGGGUUGUUGUCCCAAACCAACAGCCAGUUAGAGACAACAUGGCGGCUUCAAUACAGCUAUAAUGGUUUGGUUUUUAUAAUUUGGCAUAAAGGUUAACACAAUGAAAAGUAUACUGAUCUUGAUGUGCAAAAUCAUCUCCAGUCUUGCCACGUAUGUACAGAGGCAGAUUAGUCACACUAAUAUAACUGAAUUAAUGUAAUGUAAUGUUCUUCUUGGUGUCAAACGCUGCACAUAUUCUCGUCAUGGAAACCGAUCGAGUAGUAAUGAUGUGGUGGUUAUUAGUAGUUCAGGCCACUUUAAUUUCCCUCUGUGGCCUGGACAAUAUACAUAGUAAUAAAAAAGUACCAACUUGACGCAGAAGAAUAAAUACAUCUUUGUGAGAAAGUGUUCUGGCAACUUAUUCAUUCUGGAAAAAAAAAACAGUCAUCUAAAAGUACUGCCACCAAGAACUUCAUUUUUAUUUUUAAUUAUGUCUUAAAGGCUCGGGUCACACAAGAGAGACAAAUGCCAGAAACUAAGUUACUGAUUGUGUAUGACUCAGACAUUUUUCCACACCUGGUAAAGACCAUCAGUGGACAGCUUUUAAAUCUCUAUAAACAGAAAUUUCCUCAUUUGAAAGAGUUGUUGAGCACGUCCACUGAGUUUAGGAGGAACGCCACAUUUAACAAGUCUUUCUUUGUGUGUUUGUUUCUAUUUCAACAAACGUAUUUGUGUUCAUUCUUUCUCAUUAACACGUGUACAGUAUGUUUUGAAUAUAAUAAUGAUGAGGCAGGGCAACCACUGACAAGUUUUAUAAAAAAUAUCCCAUCAGUGCUCCGUCCAAAGCCACGCCCCCAAAAACUUGAACGCGCGUCUGGCAGUGGGACUCAGCAGGGAGAAGGAGAUGUCGAAGCACAACGCACCAAUUAGCUAAAUUUAGUGCAGCGCAGACAGGAAGUAAAGUGCCAAACAAACAACACCCAGUUACUUUUCAAAAUAAAACACUCCGCGUUGACACCAGCACACGUCGUGAGGCCAGCUGUUUACCCUACUGCACCUUGGCGGACUCAAACGCAGCCGGUGGGGACUGCCAGAGGGCGGAGCAAAACCGGAUCGGAGCCGCAACGCAGCGGACACACAUCCAGUGGAAACUGGGCCGACUCAUUAGCCAUCCUCAUGGCUUAAUACAGCACACAAAGAAGCUAACGUUAGCACUGGGCUAAUACGAGCAACAAACGUAGCCAAGUCAGCAAACCUUACAUAUUUCAUGAAAAUAACAAAUCCCCCCAAAACAAAACAAAUAAUUACCUGUCCAACUGAAAGAAAGCAACCUCUGCAUCACUUUUUAGGCCCUUCACAUGCCACCACCAUGUUGACUCGGGUCUGACUUCUUUCUUUAUCCAGAGCCUAUUUUCGUCUGUUGCCUUUUCUGCCUCAGGCUUUCUUUUCCUUGCCUUUUUAGCAGGGUGAGCUGUUACAAGUAACGCUGGCUGCAUUUUCUCUACCAUUGUAACCAAAUUAAGGUCUUCUCCUGCAACUCCAUAUUUCUGCAGAGCAGUGUGCUGAAUAUUUCCGGCAUCAGUGAAAUGUAAGGUGUGCACGGUGGAGGAGGGAGGGACA